CUGAGGCAUGAAUGCGGUCUGGGGUGCAGCAGCAUGUGGGGACCUCAGGCGUCCAAACCCAAAGCUCAUCAUUAACCCAGUCAUCGGGGCUCACUGCGGGAGAGGCUGGAAGGGGCAGAUUGCAGCCGGGGCUGAGGACCUGAUGCUCAGCCUCCCUCUCCCCUUCCAGCUUGCAGUGUCCGGGGGCCGGGAUCCCCAGCCCGUCCCGCCCCGUCCCUCCCAGCCCUGCCGCAGACGCCUCCCUCGCAUCUCCUGCCCACCCUCCAUCCUCGGACGGACGGCACUCGGGAACCUGCCAUUGCAGCUGGACCUUGCCCACACCCUCGCCAUGAAGGGCCCCCUGCUUGGAGGCAUGUUCUCCCGGCAUGUCAAGCGGCACCCCGGACUCAUUCCCCUCAUUGGCUUCAUCAGCGUCGGCCUGGGCAGUGCUGUCCUGUACUUGCUGAGGCUGGCCCUGUACAGCCCCGACAUCAGCUCAGUGGCCCACGGUCCCUGCAGCCUGACGCUGUCUAAUGCCUAUCUAAUAUUUGUUUGCUCCCGCUGGGAUCGAAAAAAUAAUCCUGAACCCUGGAAUAAGCUGAGCCCCACGGACCAGUAUAAAUUUCUGGCAGUUUCCACCGACUACAAGAGCCUCAAGAAAGACCGUCCCAGUUUCUGAGCUGACUCCAGGAUGCGCCAGGGCAGGGGAAAGCAUGCCCACCCCCCCAGCAGCACCGCCACAGCCCCCACCAGCCCUCCUGGCUCCUGCCUGCCCCAUGGCUCUGCGACAGUCACCAUGCACACAGGUCUGACUGCUUCCCCAGCAACCCCAAACCACAGGGCUGCACCCCUCCCCCCCGCAAUAAACCACGUCACUCCAGGAGCAAUGUGAGUGCUGUUGCCAGCACCCCUGCACCCUCCCAUCCUGC